AUGUCAGACCCAAUGCUAAAUGCUGCAAGACAAAUUGGUGGCCAGUUUGCUGUUCAUCAGAAGGAAAAGGUAACCGUUUUUAUUACUGCAGAUAUCCACAAUGAAUGUAGCCAGCAAUGUUGGUUGACUAAAUAUUUGUCCGCGUUCCAUUUUAAAUAUUAUUUUACUGUGGAUAAUGCAUAUUUUGGCAAAAAAUUGGCUCUUAUAUUAUUCUCUUUUUUGCAUCGAGACUGGACGAUCAAGUAUGGUUCUUUGGAUUCACCAUUACCCCCAUGA